AUGGUCCAACGGCCGCUCACAUCUGCUGCAGGAGUUCUUGCACUUCUCUCAGAGUCAGAUAACACGCUUAGACAGCAUGCACUCGCCGCACUCAACCCGCUCGUGCCCCAGUUCUGGGCAGAAAUCUCUGAAAACUUGACCGAGAUUGAAGCUCUCUAUGAGGCCAAUGAUCUCCCAAAAGAGGCGCGUCAGCUCGCGGCCUUGAUCAUCAGCAAGGUGUACUACUACUUGGAGGAGUAUGAUGAAGCCUUGUCGUUUGCGCUCAGUGCUGGAACGACAUUCGAGAGAGAAGCACGCACCAUAGGCUCCGAGGAGUACGUGGAAACUGUUGUUUCCAGGGCUGUCGAUCGCUACAUCUCUGCACGAUCCAAUGCAGCUGUGGGACCAGAUGGACUUCCUGAUCCAAAAGAUGUCAGUAAUAUAGACCCAAAGCUGCAGGAGAUUAUCGAGGGAAUCUUCCGUCGGGCCAUCCACGAUAAGGAGUACACGCAAGCUAUUGGCAUUGCUCUUGAAUGUCGAAGACUGGACGUUAUACAACAUAUUCACAAGAUCACCAACGAUACCGACCUGCUUGUAUACGUAAUGGACGCCGUCUUCGAGACCUCCUUCACCCUCUCAUAUCGCUUGGCCGUGCUGCGUUUCAUCUUCCCCUUGUUCCCGCCACUGGAGAAUGAAUGUGAUCACAUUCAUGCAGUCACCAGAAUCCUCGUCACGCUCUCCGACCCGUCCUUGACCACCCCCUAUCUCUGCAAUCUGAUUCCCAACAAGCUAUUACUUGCUUAUCAAGUGGCAUUCGAUCUAUUCGAAUCUGGUGGGCAAGAGUUCUUGCAAAUGGUCAUGCAACAGCUGCCGCAAAAGGAAGGGUCAGAGGAGGUUAUGUACAACAAUCUACGUACAAUCAUCUCUGGAGAGAGUAGCACCAAGCUCAACUGCGAGUUCUUAAAAAGGAGCAACAGUGUGGACAUGCUCAUUCUCAAGCAUACCAAGGAAUCGCUCGAGCCGCGCUCCUCCAUUUAUCACACUGCGCUUUCGUUGCAGAACGCUUACAUGCACUCUGGAACUGGCUCGGACUUGUUCCUACGAGAAAACCUCGAAUGGCUCGGCAAAGCGAGCAACUGGUCCAAAUUUACCGCAACUGCCGCUCUUGGUAGCAUCCACAAGGGAAAUCUCGAAAAGGGCAAGUCCUUGCUGCAACCAUAUCUUCCUGGGGACUCAGCAGGUGGCACUGGGAGCGUCUAUUCAGAAGGUGGCGCGCUAUAUGCGCUGGGCUUGAUCAAUAUCGGUCGUGGCACACAUGUUGAGGGUUAUAUGCGCGAAAAACUCAAAGCCUUCCAAGAUGAAGUUUUACAACAUGGUGCCGCUUUGGGAUUGGGUGUGUCAGGGAUUGGCAGUCAGAGCGACAGCGCAUAUGAAGACUUGCGAAAUGUCCUCUUCUCCGACUCUGCUGUCGCAGGAGAGGCAUGCGGCUAUGCUAUGGGCCUGGUCAUGCUUGGGUCUGGCUCAGAGAGGGCUCUGGACGAGAUGAUGCAAUAUGCACAUGAAACUCAGCACGAGAAGAUUAUCCGAGGUCUCUCUAUCGGCAUUGCUUUUAUGUUCUAUGGCCGACAAGAGCAGGCGAACAAAGUCAUUGACCAGCUACUCGCCGACAAAGACCAUAUUCUUCGAUAUGGUGGUGUCUACACCAUUGCUCUCGCGUACGCAGGUACUGCUGACAACCAAGCCGUUCGGCGCCUCCUCCAUGUCGCGGUUUCCGACACUUCCGAUGAUGUUCGUCGGGCAGCCGUGACGGCACUUGCCUUCCUCCUCUUCAAGAUUCCUAGUCAAGUACCAAGACUUGUUCAGCUCUUAAGUGAGAGCUACAAUCCUCAUGUCCGAUGCGGUGCCACCCUUGCUCUUGGUAUUGCGUGCGCGGGAACAGGUCUCCAGGAUGCCGUGGAGAUUUUGGAGCCCAUGACCAAAGAUCCAGUAGACUUUGUGCGGCAAGGUGCCCUCGUUGCUCUCGGUAUGGUCCUCGUCCAACAAUCUGAGGGAUCCGCACCUGCGAGCACGACCACACGGGCACUAUACUCUAAGAUUAUUGGCGAUAAACAUGAAGACCCGAUGGCUCGCUUUGGAGCUGCACUAGGUCAAGGCCUAAUCGACGCUGGUGGACGGAAUGUCACCAUCAGCCUCCAAAGUCGAGCCGGUGGCCAAAACAUGAAUGCUAUCAUUGGCAUGGUCCUGUUCUGCCAGUUCUGGUACUGGUAUCCACUGGCUCACUGCGUCGCUCUUGCGUUUGAGUCCACGGCUAUCAUAGGACUGAACCAGGAUCUCAAGGCGCCUGUGCUACAAAUUGUAUCCAACGCCAAACCUAGCUUGUUCGCGUACCCCGCGCCGACAAAACCGCCAGCAAAAGAAGCUGUCGAAAAGGUAGCGACUGCCGUGCUUUCAACGACAGCAAAGGCCAAACAAAGAGCCAAGGAGAAGAAGGAAAAGGGAGAAGCGCUCGAAGGAGAUGCUAAGUCACCCAAGACCCCCGGGGCUAUGGAAGACAUUGUCAUGACCGAAGAGGCGAAGAAACCCGAUGAGGAAGUCGAAAAGCCGGCGGGUGAAAAGGAGAAGAAGCGGAAAGAACCCACGUCUGAAAUUCUUGAAAACUUUACAAGAGUGACGCCCGCUCAACUCGUUCACAUUACCUUCCCACCCGACUCUCGUUUCCAACCAGUCCGCUCUUUUGCACCUCCCGCCCCGCUCGCAAAGACACGACCCAAGGCAGCCGGCAAAAACUUGACGGAGAGAUAUGCGGGUGGCGGAGGAAUUAUCAUGCUUAUCGAUCGCAGACCAGGCGAGGAGACGACGUUUGUGGAUCUACCACCAGAAUUGGGUGGCGAGCCACCUGCAGCUGCCAUGAACGUCGACGAGCCCGCUGCAAUGGCAGUCGAUGUCGAAGAGGCGGAAAUGCCACCGCCGUUUGAGUACCCGUUUGAGAGUUGA